AACAUAGGAAGACAAAAACUAUAUAUGAAAGUGUUUCGGUUGAGAUAUUGUAUUUGGCUUCUUGAUCUUUACAAUUUGACUAACUUAUAAAAUUAAUUAGGUGUUAUAUCUUAUGGCUACAUAUACUUUAUUGCACCCUUUGUAAGAGUUAAAAUUGUGACAUGGUUCAGCUGGGAUAUAGAUAGAGAGAAUUUCAAGUACCUUUCAUCUCUGAAUUUAUCAUUUAAAUUGGCAGGUUAAAGAUGUGCGUAGCCAAAGGCUUGGUAUCUAUUAUAGUGAUAAUAACAUUUAUUCUCCCACAAAUUGAAGCACAAGCUUUCUCACCUGGUGAUCCUGCUGCAGAUAAUGUGUCAGAACAGAUUACACAAAGGGAUAAUACAAUUAGAGUAGAUCCUUUAGAUAAUUUCAAAAAGUACAGAGGAGGAUUUGACAUCACCAACAAGAAUUAUUGGAGUUCUUUGAUAUUCACUGGAGUAUAUGGAUAUGCAAUUGGAAUGUUAUGCUUUCUAUGUGGAAUUUUAUAUGGAGUUAUUUUGCUAAUCACAAAGGUUUAUCAUCACACAAAUGGAGGAAAAAGAAUGAAGAAAGUGUUUCCUUGUAAUUACAAGAGUUGUGAUGCUUUACUAAUUCCUUUGGCCAUAUUUCUCAUGUUAAUAGCCAUAGUUGCAACAGGGCUAGUUCUUGUAGGGAGUGCAAGAUUCCAUUCAGAAGCUAAAACUUCAGUUGAUAUCAUAAUCAAAACAGCAAAUAAGGCAUCAGAAACUAUACACAACACAACAGAAGCAUUAAAAGGCAUGGAGAGUAACUUGAUGGAAGCCAAUGUCAAUGUCAAGGCUUCUUCAAAUCUUGACUCUACAGCUGAAAAACUUGAUGGUGCAUCUGUAAAUAUUGAAACGCAAGCUCGGAAAAAUAGGCGCCUUAUCAAUAAAGGCUUGAAAUUAGUGUUUGUAACUACUACAGUGAUCAUGUGCUUGAACUUGCUUGCUGUAACAGUUUUGUCAGUUUCUGGUGUACUACGGUUAAGGCGGGCAAUGUACCUGCUUGUUGUACUUUGCUGGUUGUUGACAGUGUUAUGCUGGCUAUUCUUUGGAGUCUAUUUCUUCUUAGAAAAAUUUUCUAGCGAUGCUUGCACAGCUCUUGACAACUUUCAAGAAAAUCCUUAUAACAACAGCUUAAGCUCAAUCCUUCCAUGUCAGGAAUUGCUCAAAGCAAAACCAGUUCUAUCUGAAUUCAGUGCUGGAAUCUAUAUUCUUGUUAAUGAGGUGAAUGCAAACAUAUCAAUGCAGACAAACCUUGUUCUUGUUUGCAAUCCAUUCUCAGCGCCACCAAAUUAUACCUACCAACCCGAGAAUUGUCCAGAUAAUACUAUACGAAUAGGUGACAUUCCAAAGGUAUUAAAGCCUUUUACAUGUUUGGAUGCAAAUGAUGGGAGUUGUGACAAUGGAAAUUUCAUAACAAAUAGUGAAUAUGCAAGAGUUGAAACUUUCACAAAUUCAAUUCAAGACCUAUUGAAUGUGUAUCCAAGUAUGGAACAUUUGUUAGAAUGCCAAAUUGUAAAAGAUGCAUUCUCUCAAGUCCUUGUUGACCAUUGCAAGCCUAUGAAGAAAUAUGCUAAGAUGGCAUGGGUAGGAAUGGUGUUCCUUGGAGUGAUCAUGGUUUUGUUGAUUAUGUUUUGGACUAUAAAGGCUAGUCAUGAACAAUGUUAUCAUGUUUCAGAUGGUUCUGUGGAGCCUCAUUGUGAAGUACCAAAUUCCUUGAAAUCAAGAUCAGCUAAAGAGAUUGAGAUUUGAUAGCAACUUAAUUGAUUAACAAUUAAUCAAUCAUACAAUAUUUAGUUCAUAACAAUAUAGGAACCGGUAUUGGAAGGCAAAAAUGCGCAAGCAACUUUCCAGUAAUCCUGUGUAAAACUUUUUUUGAAAUGAUGAUUCGGUAUACCUUACUUAGUGGGAUAGGAUUUGAUUUUUGUUGUUAUAAUCUGACAUGGAACAUUUGUAUAUAUAUUAUAUACUGGAGGGGGUGUUAAUGUUAUUUCCAAGAAGAAGAAAAAAAUCAGUAUAGAACUUUUUGAAAAUCUAUGUUCUCUCUCGAUUUGUAAAAAAUAAAAUAAAAGUUUUCUGUCAA